AUGACCAUAAUAGACUGCAUCGUUCGUCUGUUUUCACAAAACCCACGCGAAAAGCAGCUUUCGAACCUGGAACUCCUUCCUCGCGAACUAUUACUCCACAUCAAUAACUUCCUCACAACCGCUGACAUUAUCUGCCUCAGGCUAUGCAGCCGAACACUGAACCAUUUCACAACAAGCUUUUACGACCUCAAGCAAACCCGAGACAGGUCCCUAGCGCUUUUAGUCCUGACAAGGCUAAUCCGAGACUCACCCCGAAUGUUCUGCUGCCACUACUGCGCCAAGUUGCAUCCUAUCACUGACGUCCUCCAUCCAGCAAGUUCUAGAAUUCUUCACCAUGCGUGCCCAGACCUGGGAAUAUUACAUGGAAAUGGUCCACAACCUUGGAUUAGGUGGAUAGUAUCUGUCCACUGCCUACCCACCCAUUACGACUUCCGUCACUGCCACCUGGCCGCUGUCCUGCAGAACUACAAAUGUGGCGGCCGAUACGGCAUCAACGCAGAGUCCUUGGCCUACACCGAGGUGGUUGAUUAUCCUCAACAACCCGCAAUAACGACACUGCUAUCAGUUGAAGGACGCGUCUGUACACCUGCCGGAGCCCGCCAAAUCCCAUCCCUAGUGCUGCAAAUACAUCAUUGGGUUCUCUUUCAUGAUCUAGAAAUGGUCUCGGAUCACGACCUCGACGUUCUUAUUUCAGUACUCGCCAAGUUGAGUGUUUGCAACUGGCUAAGUGCUGGGCGUGGGAAGAUUGGGGAUGUUAUCCAAUCUGCCAUUCGGCAACGGGGAUUCUGCUGGGAUGAGGCAUCCAUCGCAGAGGGGUAUAUGCGGUGCUCUCAUUGUGGAGUGGAGUUCCAGAUUGCCCUUCGAGACUGUGGCGGGGAUGGAAAGGCAGUGGUAAUCACCAAAUGGCUAGACCUUGGAGCUGGAAUGGAUAUUGAGGAUCCGAAGUGGAAGAAAGCUACUUUUAAUUCCAUGAUAGAACCUAUAUACGAGCGUGCUGACGCCAUGUCGAGCACGGGGGAGGUGCGUCGACUCCAAGCUCCUAAGCAAGGUUGUUCUAUCACUAUAAAAGGCUCAGAGCUCCUUUUCAAAUGUCCCCACUGGUCCCAUGGACAAUCACCAAGUCCAGAAAGAACCUCGCUCCUUACUUCUGUACGUGUUCAAGCUUUUGACAUUAUGGGUUCUGCAGAUAUCAUCUCUAUUCUGGGAACGCUGGGUACUUGGGUUGGGGCGCUCCGUCCCGACCUUGAAAUCCUACUGCGUUACAUUAUUCGGCAAUUCACACCCAUUCCAUCCUCAUCUCAAGAGCGCAUCGUCAAGGCCCUCGAGUCUAUUGCCAAAUAUCAAGGCUCCCAGCUGGUCGUGUGCCGGGAGUCGUUGCUCCUGCAACAGCAGGAGAUCAAUGGCUUGAAGGCACAACUUGACGAUGUGUGUCGGUUGUUGGAGGCGAUGCGUACCGACCUCAGCGAGCUGAAGGUCAGACAGUUUCCCACCAGGACGUAA